ACAUCAGCUCUCUCUCUCUCCCUCGCUUAAGGCCAUUUGUUUUGGCCGUUGGAUAGCUUUUCACAGCUUAAAAGUUGACAGAUUUAUAUAUUGAGCAGCCAGCACAGGAGUGUGGGUUUGACGGAAGUGCUUGCAGGAAGCAUUUGGAGCUGAAAUAGUAGUGGAAUCUUGAAGAGGAGACUCUUCUCCCAUACAGCCUCUCUUUAUCCCGCUGCCAUUACCAUUUUCGUUCGUUCUUCUUAGAGGAGAAGAGGAGAUGAGUAAAGAUGAGGACUUCAAGCUUCUCAAGAUCCAGACCAUCAUUCUCAAAGUUAACAUACACUGUGAUGGCUGUAAGCAGAAAGUGAAAAAGCUCCUUCAAAGAAUCGACGGUGUCUAUACGGUCACCAUUGAUGCAGAACAGCAGAAAGUUACAGUCUCCGGAAAUGUAGACUCUGCCACUCUCAUAAAGAAGUUAGCUAAAGCUGGAAAGCAUGCCGAGCUCUGGAAUCAGAAGUCCAACCAUCACUCUAAUCACCAUAACCCCAAACCAAACAAUAAUCAGCAAAGGCAACAAACUCAGCUCAUGAAAAACACCAACCCUUCCAAGUACAACAAUGGCCUCACCUUCAACAACAAUAACAGCAACAACAGGCCUCAGUCCACCCAAGCCCUCAUACAGGGCCUCAAGGCUUUCAAGAACCAGCACACGAAGCUUGAAUCCUUAAGCUCUGACAACGAAUUCUGCGACGAAGAUGAUGAUGGAGAGGAAGAAGAUGAUCUUGGUCUUCUGGAGGAGAAACUGAAACACUUAAACCUGUUGAAGCAGGCAAACCCUGCAGCAUUUGCAGCAGCAGCAGCCAAUGCAAAAACAAAUGGCAAUGGACCGAACAAUGGAGCUGGAAAGAAAGGAGUAGCAGUAGCAGGACCAAACCACAAUAAUGGAGGACUUCAAACACCAACAUGGGCAGAACCGUUAAAGAACCAAAACGGUUUAGAGUUAAAAGGCAUGAAUGCGACAUCAAACACCAACUUUGCAACUAAUCCAACCUUAAGCACAGUAGGACUUCAAAACGUCACCAAUGGCUUCCCUUCUUCUAACAUCAGUGGUGGUUUUGGUGGAGGGAACAUUCCACAUGGGCAGAGCCAGCCAUCGCCCAUGAUGCUGAACUUCAAUGGAAGCCACGGGCAUCCAUCUUCAAUGAUGAUGAACAUGAGAAACCUCAGCAGCAACAACAACAUCAAUAACUUGAACCACAACAUUUACAGUAACGGGAACAAUAUGAUGAUGAAUGAGAGCAAGUACUUGCAGCCCCAGCUUAUGUACAAUAGAUCUCCCCAGAUCCCUCCCUUCACAGGCUACUAUCCAACCCCUUAUUAUUACCACACCAUCGACAACUGCACCAGCAGCAGCAAUCCUCAGUCAGAAGGCUGCUAUACUGCUCAUCUUUUCAGUGAUGAGAGCCAGAGCAGUUGUGCUGUCAUGUGAGUGGAUGGGAAUUACAAGGGGCUAUUCUGUGGAGAUAUCAUAAGUAUUUAGUACUGUUAGUUCCUUUUAUUUUCAAUUUGCUUUCUAUUUUAGCUUUUAUUUCCUGCGGAGUUUCAGUUGAAGAUUAAAAGGUGGUGUAAUGUAAUACUUUUUCUUAGCUAAACAGUAUUACGGGAGCAGUAACUUUGUGGGA